AUGAACAUGGACAUGGACAUGGACAUGGACAUGGAUGUGAGUUAUGGGUAUGGGCAUGGAUAUGGAUAUGGGUACUCUGAGACUCUGGAGGGGAGAUGGUCCGUGACGUCCGUGCUGCGUUCGGUGGAGCUGUGGGAAUCUGCUGAAUCGGUGGUUCAUCACUUCAUCCUGGCUCAUCUCUUGGCAUCUACUACAGAGGACAGAGUACUCUGUACGCUGUACUCUACCAAGUAUACGAGUAUCUGA